AAACGAAACUAAAGUUUGCUUUCGCUUUAGCUGCUGAAAGUCUGGGACGCAGCACCGUCGAAAUAGGAAGAAGGAUAUCGAAAAAAAAAUGCAGCAGUGGAUUGCCUUGACUUUAUAACACGAUGAAUAACUCACUGAAGGAAGACAUCUUGGCAGUAGUGAAUCUGUACCCAGAUGGCAUUGAUUUGGGGUAUUUUUCUGCUGCAUUUUUCUACGUCCAUGGACGUGAACUUGUACUUUCAGAUUACAACCAGCUGUCACUCAAAAGCAUAAUGGAAAAAUUGCAAGACUAUGUAGAAGUAAAUUACGAUUAUGUACCACCUGUUGUCAGGCCUCGAAAGAAGAAUGAAAAUAAAGGUCAAGGUCAGCAAAUGACAAAAAUAGAGCUAAGACAAUGCAUUCAAAACGUAAUGGAGAUGUACCCAAAUGGUAUCAGUUCAGGAGACUUUGCUGGUGCUUUUCUUCGGAUAAAUGGUAAACAACUGGAGCUCUCAAAAUGUGGUUAUGCAUCCAUGCUAGACAUACUGUUAGACCUGAAAGACAUAGUGACGUUGGACUGGCAUUUCUAUCCUUAUGUUAUUAAACCAAAACUUGGAACAGCCUUACAGAAUCAGAUUAGCAAAAUGGGUACACAAAGCAAGUCUAAUCAAAGGGUUGCAAACCAGUUUUCAGAAACUCAGAAGACCGAACAAAAGCAAAAUGCAUCCCAGAAUUCUCUUUGGGGAUUAGGUCAGCAAAUGACAAAAAUAGAGCUAAGACAAUACAUUCAAAAUGUAGUGGAGAUGUACCCAAAUGGUAUCAGCUCAGGAGACUUUGCUGGUGCUUUUCUUCGGAUAAAUGGUAAACAACUGGAGCUCUCACAGUGUGGUUAUGAAUCCAUGCUAGACAUACUGUUAGACCUGAAAGACAUAGUGAAGUUGGACUGGAAUUUCCAUCCUUAUGUUAUUAAACCAAAAUAUGGAACAGCAUUACAGAAUCAGACUAACAAAAUGGGUACACAAAGCAGGUCUAAUCAAAGGACUGCAAACCAGUUUUCAGGAACUAAGAAGACCGAACCAAAGCAAAAUGCAACCGAGAAUGCUCUUUGGGGAGUAGGCCAGCAGAUGACAAAUACCGAACUAAGGCAAUGUGUUAAAAAAAUAAUGCAGAAAUAUUCAAACGGCAUCAGCUUUGAUGAUUUUGCUGUUGCUUUUAGUCAGAUAAAUGACAACCAACUAGACCUCUGGAAAUGUGGUUAUGCAUCCGUAGGAGACAUGGUCGAAGGCCUGAGAGACAUCGUCAGAGUGGACUGGAAGUGCAAGCCUUUUCUUAUCAAGCCAAACUUUCCAAUGCCAAUACAUAAGCAGGAUAAUGAAACAAAUGUGUUGGACAAGUCCUCUCAAUUGAACUCAAACCAAUUUCCAGGACCUGAGAAGUCUCAAGCAAAACUAAAUGCAUUUCAGCAAGGCCCCUGGGGAUCAGUUUCCUUAUAG